AUGGCAGCAAACAAAGGUAAGGCCCAAGGAGGCAAGAAAAAGAAGACUGGUAAAAACAGUAAGGCCACAGGAUCCACCCCAAAAUCUGCCAAAAACCAAGCCAAUGAAGCAGACAACACCCCGGAGUGUCUGAAGCAGCUCCAAACGGCCAUGGCGGCUUUUAUGGCUAUUCUUGAACGCAAGCUGAAGAAGUCGCCCCAACAACGGACUCAAGCGGCUUCCCUCGCACACGUUUCACUGGUGGUCAUUACAGGCUGCGAGGAUGACCGUGCAGCGGAACACGUAGAUUCGUUGAUCCCUAUUUUCAAUGAGCUGUGCGAGCACGAAAACCCAAUCUGGACGCCAACGGGCCAGACCACACUCAUCUCCACGCUCUCCGACAAGUUCACAAAAUGGGCAUCGGCGCAGGGACUGCUCUAUCAGUACACACGCUCUCUGGUUGAGGGCAGCACGAAUCCCAUCGAAGACGCGCCCCAGAUAGUCGAUAGCGCAACUCAAGACUACGGCAAGAUUGCGCAGACCAUUUUGGACUACUCAAACGGUAAAAAUGGGAACGACAACACAAACGGAGAGAAAGAGGCUACAGGACCCUCGCUCGACAGCAUGAUCGAAGCCCUAUCUGCAUCUGGAGUGGAGGUUUUGGCUAAAGAAGCGUCUACACAACAGCAAUCAUCAUCACCACAAUUAUCUGCACAGCCACAACCGAAAGACCCCAAACAGGUGGCCCAGGCAUUUCUCAUGUUCAAACCAUACAUGUCUCAAAUGAUUGAAGCACGUCGCUAUGCUGAGCAGCAGUUGCAUGCCCUGGAAGCAAAUGUCUCUAGGUUAUCGCUAAAGGUAGAGGAAUUUGAGCGGAAACGAGGACCGCAACUACUGUCGAAGGACGUGGAGGCUGUCUAUCAGCCCGAUCCGAGGUUGACGUUGGAAAACAAUACAAAGGAAUUGUGA